CUCUCCCUAUUUCGCUCGCGGGCUGCGAGUGGUUGUAAUCAAAUUUCUUCCGAUUCUUCACUCAAAUCCGUACACUAGAACAGAACUAACCAGUCGAUCGGCGGCUGUUUGGCGGCUUCGUUAACCAAUAGCGUAUUCGGAAGCUUAUCAGUGAAUCCAAUUAGUGCCUUCGAAAACAGUCACCCGGCCGAGAUCGCCGUCGCGCGUAGACACCACCGAGAUGUGGACGGCAGUUUCGUUUUUGGUGACCUUAGCAACGGUAGUGACACUUUCCACACAGCUGCCUCAGACAGCUUGCGAUGAAGCAGCUCGCGUUUGGGAAGUUACUACACCCUGCAAUAUCCCAAAUGAACCCAGCAAAGGGACCUGCAAACCACCGACGGACUGCCCAGCGUAUGCCGAAAUCAACAGUUUGGAAGACAUCAGAUCUGUAGGACGAUUGAGCUUCCUGAAGCAAAUUCAGUGUAAUUCCACGGGAGUUGGCGGGAUUUGCUGUCCCCGAACCGCACGAUACAAAUUACCAACGCUAAACGAGACCCUGCCCAAACGAAUCCGCCACAAGACAACACGCGUCCAUUCACGAUUUGGCAACGAUGAAGAAAUCUGUGGCUAUCAAUCGUUUGUGCCGAAGAUUCGUGGCGGCGAGAUUGCAAACAUUGACGAGUUUCCCUGGAUGGCGAUGCUGUUGUAUGAGCUAAAGGAAUCCCAAAAGAUCGUUCACGGUUGUGGUGGAGCGUUGAUUAGUAGGAAUUUUGUGAUUACGGCUGCACAUUGCGUAACGGGUAGAGACUACGACAAUAAAGGACCGCUGAAGUACGUCCGCCUGCGUGAGUAUAAUGUGUACGAUGAUCCCGACUGUGUGAUCGAGAAUAAUUUCCAGGACUGCUCUGAGGCCAAGAUCGAUUCGGAACCGGUGAGGGUCAUCAUCCAUCCCGAGUAUGAUCCCAACUUCCGGCACAAAUACCACGACAUAGCGCUGAUAGAAAUCAGUCAAGUACCGUCGUACACGGACUUUUUGCGCCACAUUUGUCUACCGGAGCCGGAAAUGGACAACGGCGCUGCACCCGGGAGGAAGCUUAGCGUAUCUGGCUGGGGAAGGACUGAUAUUUUCCGCCAGCAGCUAGGAAAUAAUGCGCUCAGCCCCAUCAAGCUGAAGGUGGUUUUGCCCUACGUAGAACCCGAACAGUGCAAGAGGGUUUUCCGGGCCCAACAGUUGGAGAUCGGGCCGGGUCAGCUGUGCGCCGGCGGCGAGAAAGCGAAAGACACCUGCGGCGGUGACAGCGGAUCGCCGCUCAUGUUCUACGAUGUCAAAGCCGGUGCCUGGGUGCUGACGGGGAUCGUUUCGCUCGGUGUUCGUGACUGCGGCACCGAGGGAAUUCCCGGCGUGUACACGGACGUACGCCAGUACCUCGAUUGGAUCAAGGAGAACGCCCAGAUGUGAGCCUGCGGUUGGACUUAAUCGAUGAACGAACACACAGCUAACGGAUGGUAGUGAAUUAGAUUUAAUAAACAAAAAACCACAGAAACGUGA